UGGCAAGCUCACAUCGUAAGACGUAUUUACAGCAACUCUAAAUUAUUAAAGAAAUGAUUCGGUAGGUGGCGGUGUUUGCUUGUAUUGUUAGCAAUGCUGUGCGGGGCCAUAAAAUGAAAGAGAGUGAGAGUGGCAUCAAAAUUUAGAGGGAGGAGGAGGAAAAUGCAUCCGCAUAGGCGCGGGCGCAGCCUCUCCAGCAUUGGCAUGGGUAGGAAACAAGAGGAAGAUGAUCAUCUCGCACUCUUCAAUGACAUGGACUCGGGCAAUGACAAUGGCAAUGGCUUUCCCGAACUCAAAGUACCGAGUGGAAGAGGUUGCGAAGAUCUCUUGAGGGCAGAUGGGGACAAAAAUGACUAUGAAUGGCUACUAACACCACCCGAGACUCCUCUCUUUCCUUCAAUGGAAACGAAGGAUCGAACUGCAGGUUUUUCUCAAGGAGUUUCUUCUGUGGUUCAUGCAGCUAAUGCUUUGAAGAGCUCGAGGCUUUCUAAUACUCAGACUGAUUCCUCAUCGAAGAUUAUGAGAGGCAAUUUAACAUCUCGUCAAAUGAUCUCCUCUGGGUUGAAUAACUCGAUGAAUAUUGGGAGUGUGAGGUCUUCGAUGCUGGCAAGCACAGGUCCCACACCAUCAAGGUCAUCUACCCCUACAAGGUCUAGAGUGCCUGCCUCAGUACGGUCAUCGACACCCGUUCCACGUUCUACAAUUCCAGCUUCAUCAAGGUCGUCAACUCCCAGUACACGAACCACAGUUCCAACAUCAUCAAGACCAUCAACUCCCACUACGCGAUCUACAAUUCCAACUUCACCAAAGCCGUUGACACCUGCAACAAGAUCUACAGCACCUACACCAAGGUCUACAAUGCCAACAUCAAAGUCAUUAUCCAGGCCAUCAACACCAACAAGACAACAAUCAACUCCAACUCUUAUACAUGGCAGUUGUGUUCCUCCCAGUCGAUCUUUUCCCGCCAGUAAUAUCUCCUCUAUGCUCUCUAGAAAUCCACCAGCCUCACGAGGAACCUCUCCCGCCCAAAUGUCGCGACCGUCUCCACCUUUAGUGUUGCCUGGUUUUUCUCUUGAUGCUCCACCUAAUUUAAGGACCACAAUGCACGAUAGGCCAAUCUCAGCUAUGAGAAGUAGACCUGGAGCUCCCAGCUCUGUACGACCUCCUACAGAAAUACCCAGUGCAAGCGGCAGGCCGAGAGGAAAGUCUUGCUCUCCAAUUGUUACGAGAGGGAGAAUCUCGAGUGAGAGGCAUAGCAAUGGCAAGCCUAAUUUGCAAGCUACUAAGCCGCACAUCAAUGGGGCUGAAGUCACAAUGCCAGUUUUACUUAGCAGCAAAAUGGUGGAUAAAUUAUCUGCUACCAAAGGACAUGAAGACCAACCAAGCCCUAGAAGUAAUAUCUCCAACUUGCAGUCCAGGCGGCAGGUGAAGUCGACAUCAGUUCCCGAUAGCUCUGGUUUUGGGAGAACGAUUUCAAAGAAAUCCUUAGAUAUGGCCUUGAGACACAUGGAUAUACGGCAAAGUGCGCCCAGCAAUACACGUCCCCUCACCAACUUCCCUACAUCUGAUUUGUAUAGCGUCCGGUUGGGGUCUACUAAAAGCAAGGCCACAAAAAUUUCCGAGUCACCAAUUGCUACCAACAGCAGUGCCAGUUCAGAUCGUAGCACAAAGAUUGCUCCUUAUCCUCAAGGGAAUACGUUGGACGAUUUUCAAACUCUCGGAGAGAGAGAAAAUAUAUUCUCUCCACUCAGUCAGCAUGAAUCAAUUCUCUUCAAGGGAGAUGAAUUGAGCACAAACUGGUUGCAUGGCCCUACGAAUGGAGGGGAUAAAUUUGAUCAGGCACUAUUAUUUGAAAGGUUUGACGAGUCGUUUGAUGCUUUUACUCUUAGAACAGGCAAGGGUGCAGAUUCAUUACACAAAAGGGUGAGAUAAGCAGGGGAAAUUUUGAAGAUUUGGGAGCUUUCUAGAGGCACAUAAUGCCGUUGUAUCAUAACAAUUAAGUGAAAGCGCUAUUGCCUGACUGAGAAAUCUGUCAAACAAUCUCAAACGUUGUUGAAAUUUCGUGGCUGCUGAUUGAAUGCUGCAGAAAUGUCAAUGUGGAGCAUUUGAUGAUUGGUUUAAAUAAGUGGUAAUAUAGAUGGAUCCAUGUAGCAGUUUUCAGGUAAUAAGAAUUUGGUUGGUUGAUUUCCAGCAUCCAAUCGCUUCAACUUCCUCUA